AUGCAGCAACCCGCUGUUUAUUAUGAACGAAAUCGGGAUCACAGAUCUCGGAAACGCUUCCGAAACCUGGAGGCGGAAAAGGGCAGGCUUAACUCUAGUCGAGCUCGCAGCGAAGUCCCCGCUCGAAACUACAAGAGCAUGUCAAACCUCUCAGCCAUCGCCGGGGACGAUAGCGAGCAGGCUCCAGCCGGCUCAAGUAUUUCAAAGUUUUGGAAGUGGCUGAAACAUAACCCCGCUAAGGAGGCACCCGCCGCCGCAACAACUGACGCCACGAGUGCGGCACCCAUGCCACGCAAAUCUCUAUCAAAACAGAAGGGCGGAUUUUAUGGAAAUCUCGGCUUGGGUGAAUACGUCGGAGCUAUCGAUGAUGACUUCGCAGAUGAGGAUGAGGAUGAUACCCCAGGAACUGGACGUCAGGGCCUGCUGGAUGUUAUCACUAGACGGAUUUCCUCCACUGCGCCCCCACCGACCAGUCUGGUUGCUAUGUUCGAUCUGCCUGGGCAACGCCGGGUGAGCCGAGGCGAGGAGCACGUAGAAAAGACGUCAUUUGGAGUGCAUGAAGAGAGAUGGGGCAUACCUGCCUAUAUCUUGACAAACGAUCUUCGAUUUCAUCCCGGCGAGCAGUUUACUCUUCAACUCAUCUAUGAUUACCUCAAUGAACUGCGAGGAGCAAUGCAGUGGACCCAAACUGUCAGUAGGCUUUGCGAUGACCAGCUGAUAUUUGAACGACAGACCCUCCGAGGCAGGCGUCUGAAGAAACUCUCCGACACCAUUGCUCCCGGCGCCCACGCUGAUGCCGAAACAGAGCUGCGGGACCUACGCGUUGAGUUGGCAUGCUUUGAAAGCAAAACAGCCGCAUUCUUGCAACAAAAGGUGAGUUUGAUUUGGUUGUGCGUCUGA